AUGAUUGUGGGGACGGUCCUCUUCCAGUCUAGCAGCUAUGGCAAAGAGGGCAAGCUGCUCUGCUGCCUUGGCGAGGAAGCCUCUGAGCAUGGCACGUUGAGUUUCACAGAGGCCCUGCACCGCCCUUAUGGUUGUGAUGUUGAACCCCAGGCACUGAAUGAAGCCAUCAGAUGGAGCUCCAAGGAGAACCUGCUUGGAGCCACCGAGAGCGAUCCCAAUCUCUUUGUUGCACUUUACGAUUUUGUAGCAAGCGGUGACAACACACUCAGCAUCACCAAAGGUGAGAAGUUGCGAGUCCUGGGUUACAACCAGAACGGUGAAUGGAGUGAGGUACGUUCGAAGAAUGGGCAGGGCUGGGUACCAAGCAACUACAUCACACCAGUGAACAGCCUGGAAAAGCAUUCAUGGUACCAUGGGCCAGUGUCACGCAGUGCAGCAGAGUAUCUGUUGAGCAGUCUCAUCAAUGGCAGCUUCCUGGUUCGUGAAAGCGAGAGCAGCCCAGGACAGCUAUCCAUCUCGCUCAGGUACGAAGGACGUGUUUACCACUACAGGAUCAAUACCACCUCAGAUGGAAAGGUGUAUGUGACAGCAGAAAGCCGUUUCAGCACACUAGCAGAGCUGGUGCACCAUCACUCAACAGUAGCAGAUGGACUGGUGACAACUUUGCAUUACCCAGCACCCAAGUGCAAUAAGCCCACCGUGUAUGGAGUGUCCCCCAUCCACGACAAGUGGGAGAUGGAGCGGACUGAUAUCACCAUGAAGCACAAACUUGGGGGAGGGCAGUAUGGCGAGGUGUACGUUGGUGUCUGGAAGAAAUACAAUCUCACGGUUGCUGUGAAAACAUUAAAGGAAGAUACCAUGGAGGUGGAAGAGUUCUUGAAAGAAGCUGCUGUGAUGAAGGAGAUCAAGCAUCCAAAUCUAGUGCAGUUGUUAGGUGUAUGUACCCUGGAGCCACCCUUUUACAUUGUGACAGAGUACAUGCCCUAUGGGAACCUGCUAGACUAUUUACGGGAAUGCAACCGGGAGGAAGUGAGUGCUGUUGUGCUACUCUACAUGGCCACUCAGAUCUCUUCUGCUAUGGAGUACCUCGAGAAGAAGAACUUCAUUCACAGGGACCUGGCAGCACGGAACUGCUUAGUUGGAGAAAAUCACGUGGUGAAGGUGGCUGACUUUGGCUUAAGUCGACUUAUGACUGGAGACACCUACACAGCUCAUGCUGGAGCCAAGUUCCCAAUCAAAUGGACGGCUCCUGAGAGCCUGGCCUAUAACACCUUUUCAAUCAAAUCGGAUGUGUGGGCCUUUGGGGUGCUGUUGUGGGAGAUUGCUACCUAUGGGAUGUCACCAUACCCAGGCAUUGACCUCUCUCAGGUAUAUGAUCUGCUGGAAAAGGGCUAUCGGAUGGAACAACCAGAGGGGUGCCCUCCAAAGGUUUAUGAACUGAUGAGGGCAUGUUGGAAGUGGAACCCACCAGACCGACCUUCCUUUGCUGAGACCCACCAGGCCUUUGAAACCAUGUUCCACGACUCGAGCAUCUCAGAGGAGGUAGCAGAGGAGCUUGGAAGAACAGCCUCCUCCUCUUCCAUAGUUCCUUACUUGCCCCGGUUACCAAUGCUUCCCUCCAAGACUAGAACACUGAAGAAACAGGCAGAGAACAAGGAGAACAUUGAAGGAACACAAGAUACUGUGGAGCACUCAGCCUCCAGCUCAGCACCAGGUUUUAUCAGAAGCACACAGCCACCAAGUGGGUCUCCCGCUCUGCCUCGCAAGCAGAGGGACAAGUCACCCAGCAGCCUGUUGGAGGAUGCCAAAGAGACCACUUUCACCAGGGACAGAAAAGGUGGCUUCUUCAGCUCCUUUAUGAAGAAGAGGAAUGCUCCUACACCUCCCAAGCGCAGCAGUUCCUUCCGGGAGAUGGAGAAUCAGCCCCAUAAGAAAUACGAGCUGACGGGUAACUUUUCAUCUGUUGCUUCCUUGCAGCAUGUGGAUGGGUUCUCUUUUGCUCCCACGCAGCAGGAUGCAAGCCUGGCGCCACCCAAGUGCUAUGGCGGGGGCUUUGUGCAGAGGACUUUCUACAGUGAUGAUGGCACUGGUACCAGCAGUGGUGGGGGCGUAAGCACUGGUGGUGGGUGGUCGGGCAUCACUGGUUUCUUUACGCCACGCUUGAUUAAAAAGACACUGGGUUUACGAGCGGGAAAACCCACUGGCAAUGAAGAAGCUUCAAAGCCUUUUCCAAGGUCAAACUCUACAUCUUCCAUGUCCUCAGGGCUUCCAGAGCAGGAUAGGAUGGCAAUGACCCUUCCCAGAAAUUCCCAGAGAUCAAAAAUCCAGCUGGAACGGACAGUGUCCACCUCCUCUCAGCCCGAUGAGAGCACGGGGAGGGCCAAUGACCUGCUUCCCAAAAGGUUUGAAGAAGGCCCUGCUUUGACCAGAGAGAGACCAAAAGCAAAACUCUUGCCGAGGGGUGCCACAGCACUCCCUUUCCGAACCCCCUCUGGAUUGGAAGAAAAGGAGGGUCCAGGCCUAGCAGCAGCUCCUAAGGGCAAAGAAAAAAACAGUGUCCCACGGCAAGGGGCCCUUGAGGAUGGCGAGAGGCCAGGGUGGUCAUCUCCAGUAAAGGCUGCAGCAAUACUUCCAACCACUCAUAACCACAAAGUGCCAGUCCUAAUCUCACCCACUCUAAAACACUGUCCAGCAGACGUGCAGCUCAUUGGCACAGACUCUCAGGGUAAUAAAUUUAAGCUCUUAUCUGAGCAUCAGGUCACUUCUUCUGGCGACAGGGACCGGCCCAGACGGGUAAAACCAAAGUGUGCUCCACCUCCACCACCAGUGAUGAGGCUCCUCCAACAGCCAGCUGCCUGCCCAGAUGCAGCAGAAGAGCUGAGCAAUGUGGCGGGAGCGCAGCACGGACUGGAAUCAGGCGAAGGGAGUAAGAAGGCAGCAGCGGCAGCACCUGUUGGUGGAAAAUCUGGGAGGCCCGUGAUGCCUCCACCUCAAGUGCCUCUGUCAUCGUCUUCCACUUCCCCAGUAAAAAUGGCCAACGGCACAGCCGGCACAAAAGUAGCGCUAAGAAAGACCAAACAGGCAGCUGAGAAAAUCUCCGCGGACAAAAUCAGCAAGGAAGCACUGCUGGAGUGCGCAGAUCUUCUCUCGAGUGCCAUCGCCGAGCCGACACCAAACAGCCAGCUGGUGGACACAGGGCACCAGCUGUUGGAUUACUGCUCAGGCUACGUGGACUGCAUCCCGCAUACACGCAACAAAUUUGCCUUCCGGGAAGCCGUGAGCAAACUGGAACUCAGCCUGCAGGAACUGCAGGUGUCCUCAACAGCUGCUAGUGUCCCUGGGGCAAACCCCGUCCUUAAUAACUUAUUGUCAUGUGUCCAAGAAAUCAGCGAUGUGGUGCAAAGGUAG